GAUAUGUGUCGCUCGUAGGAGUGUUUAGAAAUAACUUUUGGCACUUGGCGAGCGGCUGUGCUUGUAACUUGACGUCGCGUUAGUCGAAUCCUAGAAUUUUUUAGUUAGCAAAAAUGAAUUCGUGUCUGUUCCUCGGUUUGGUAUUUUGUUCGUUGUACACGGCUUCGGCCGAGGUAUAUUACGAGGAGAAAUUUAACGAUGAUUCGUGGCAGAAGAACUGGAUUUACAGCAAACAUCCGGGGAAAGAGUUUGGAAAGUUUGUCUUAAGCUCCGGAAAGUUCUUCCACGACGAACAGGAUGACAAAGGUAUUCAAACAUCCGAAGACGCCAGGUUCUACGCCCUCAGUACCAAGUUCAAGCCGUUCAGUACCGAAGGCAAAGACCUGGUGAUCCAGUUCACCGUCAAGCACGAGCAGAACAUCGACUGUGGCGGCGGAUAUGUCAAGGUGUUCGAUUGUUCGUUGGAGCCCGAAGACCUGCACGGCGAGAGCCCCUACAGGAUCAUGUUUGGGCCAGAUAUCUGCGGCCCCGGCACCAAGAAAGUGCACGUAAUCUUGAACCACAAUGACAAGAACCAUUUGAUCAAGAAAGAUGUCCGGUGCAAGGACGACGAAUACACCCACUCCUACACGCUGAUCAUCAAGCCGGACAACACUUACAAAGUGUUGAUCGAUAACGAAGAGGUGGAGCACGGCGAGCUGGAAUCCGACUGGGAUCUGUUGCCUCCACGCAAGAUCAAAGAUCCGGACGCGAAGAAACCCGAAGACUGGGACGACCGGGCGACCAUUCCCGAUCCCGACGACAAGAAACCGGAAGAUUGGGACAAGGAGGAACACAUUCCGGAUCCGGCUGCCUCGAAACCCGACGACUGGGACGACGAGAUGGACGGCGAGUGGGAACCACCGAUGAUCGACAAUCCCGAAUACAAAGGCGAGUGGAAACCGAAACAGAUCGACAAUCCGGCUUACAAGGGCCAGUGGGUGCACCCGGAGAUCGACAAUCCAGAGUAUAAUGCGGUGCCGGAUCUGUACAAGCAGAAGGAGAUCUGCGGCAUCGGGUUCGACCUGUGGCAGGUGAAGUCGGGCACGAUUUUCGACAACGUGCUCAUCACCGACGACGUCGAGUACGCGAAAAACGCGCUGGCCAACUUGAAGGAGAAACAGGAGGGAGAGAAGAAGGCGAAAGAGGCGAAAGACAAAGAGGAGGCUGACAAGGCGAAGGAUGAGAAGAAAGACGACGAGGACGAGGACGAUGAUGAUGAGGCCGACGAGGAAGAACACGCGCCCCAAGUGGUCGAGGAAAAGGACCACGAUGAGCUGUAAGGGCAAUAAUAUUCGCUAGGAGGAGACAGACUUUUUUUCUAUCGCGGUGUGCAGCGUAUUUUUUUUUUUUGUUUUUAGUGUUGUGGAAUAUGAGUUUCGACUGAUUUUUUCGUUAGCGUGGAAUUUAUACCGUUGUUAGUGAAUCACAAUUAUUAACUAUAAAUUUAAUUUAUGGUUCCCCCCGAUUUAUUUGUACAAAAUAAAUUAUUGUAAUAUA